UAAUUGUAAUUAGAAAAAAAUAUCCGAAAAUAAAAAAUCCAAACAUUGAAGAAAUAUAUGAAAAAGCUUUGAAAUAUUUAAAUAUUGCGAUUAAUAUAGAAAAUUAUACGUCAAUUAGAAAGUUGAGCAGCCAAGUUCAAGAUUUGUUGAAUUGCUACAAUUCAUCAAAAGGAUGUGUAUGCGGAAUUAAUUAUAGAAACGAAUCCACUAAACUUAGAAAUGAGUUUCAAAGGCUUGACUCUCUUUCAGAAAAAAUUGCAAUGGAAGUAUAUAAAAUACAAGAAAUUAAAAUUUCAUCGUGUAAAAUAAUUAAAGAAAAGGAUUUAAUUGACCUCAAAAAAUCAGAUACUGAUUCUGUUCGUGGAAAAGAUAUGUUGAAUAUUUUGGAAAUGGCUGCUAUGUUUUAUCUGGGAGAUAUUUAUUAUAAUAGUAAAUACAAUGUUGAAAUAGAUAAAGACCAAGAAACAUCUUGUUAUGAAGAAGCUGUAUUGCUGAAAAAUAAAACAUGA